AUGGCCCCCAACGCACGCCGCGGGCCGUGGUCGCAGGCCGAGGACCAGUUCCUCCUCUCCAUUGUCUCGCAGCAGGGCGCCAACAACUGGGUGCGGAUAUCGCAGAUGCUGCGCACCCGCACCCCCAAGCAAUGCCGCGAGCGCUUCCACCAGAACCUCAAGCCCACCCUCAACCACGACCCCAUCACUGCCGAGGAGGGCGAGAUGAUCGAGCGCCUCGUCGCCGAGAUGGGCAAGAAGUGGGCCGAGAUCGCGCGCCAGCUCAAUGGCCGCAGCGACAACGCCGUGAAGAACUGGUGGAACGGCGGCCAGAACCGGAGGAGGCGCAUGUCUGAAAGGCGCCGCAGCGAGGCUCAGACCGUCUCCGUCCAGCACCACGCCGGCCACUUCCACCACCACCAGGCCCAGUACCCUCACUUCCACCACCAGUCGCAUCCCAGCUACUCUCGCCCCUCUCCGCUCUCCAUCCAGCCGCAACCCUACAAUGCCCGCGCCUACGACACUCCCAUCCCCUCGCCCUCGGGCCAGUCUGUGCUCUCCACCGAAGGCGCUCCCUCCCUCAUCACCGACAGCGGCUCCGAGUCGCGGUCACCGCACUACGCCGCCUCGCCCAUGGACCACCCUCUUCCCCCGCUCAUCGGCAGCCGCGCCGAGCGCCGCCGCUCCAGCCUCGCCUACCUUCCGCGCACCUCCACCUUCAUCAGCGACGACGACUCGCAACUGGCACCACUGCGGGCCUCUUCUGCCGACCACGGCGAGGCGGCGGCGCGCAAGCGUGAGCAGCUGCGGCUGCCCGAGCCUCCGACAUUCAGCAACGGCGGAUCCCCCAUCUUCCGCGAGCCCAACUACAGCUCGACCGGCACCAGGCAGCUGCCCCUCCUCACGCAGCCUGUCACUUCGAGCGGCAGCAUCUCGAGGAGAUCGAGCCCCGUUCAGUACUCGCCUCACCGCUCCUCAUUCAGCCCGCAGCAUUCGCUGCCCAGCUUCAGAGAGCUGGUACAGGCCCGGGCACACAGCACGGCCGCGCUGGCACCGGCUCCUUACCUGCCGCCCAUGAAGCCCAUGAGCCCAAUCAGCAGGCCCAACGCCGUUGCUUCCAUCCUGAAUUGA